AUGGAGCGAAUGACGCCGCCACGGACACCACCCAAACACUCGACUUCAAGCAAUCCCCGGAAACGAGGCAACCCCUUGUCGGGACUUGGGACUCUCAAGGGUGUACUUCCUAAAAUGGAGCCAAUUUUCAAGGCUGACGCGUGGGCUUGGGCAUUGUUCGGGCGCCGAAAGCUUGAGGCCGCUGUCGAAACAUUUCGCGGCCAUAACGCAAGGCUCCAACAUUUUGAGUUCGUUAUUUUCAGUACUAUUACUUCGAAUUUGAGAAAAGAAUUAGGAGCAUCUACCGAGAGAGAUCAGCUCUUACAAAUGAAACGGCCAGCAUCGGAUGAGUUGGAACCGAUUCAGUCAGGUUUUGCGACUCAUGCGAGACUGAACGCUCUUGUCGAAUCAGCCAAUGGUACCGAGGGACCAACAGCCUACGCAGAUCACACCAUUCCCACGGGCGGGGUUGAAGCCGCCAAACGUCCAAUAUCGCUGACUGCAUGGGAAGUGGUGUCAGACGGCCCAGCAAUGAAGGAGUACAAACGUUAUUCUUCUGUUCAAACCCAACAAACAAGUAUGAACAUAGAAGCGAUCAACCAACUAGCGCAUUUGCUCCGGGAGUCUGGCGCAAAUGGAUUUCACACUUUGCCCUUGAAGUCAGUCACCAACGACCCAGAUCGCUCGUGGUUCACCUUCGAGUUUAGUUACCCAGCAGGAGUGUCGGACAAAGAAGCUGUCAAUUUGAAUGAACUGAUUGAGGAUGGCCAGGGCCCGGAUGCACCGUCUUUAACCCUACGUUUCCAUACCGCGCUCUCGAUUUCAUUGGCAAUUGGAGCAUUUCAUGCUGAUGGAUGGCUACAUAAGUCUAUGCGAAGCGAAUCGAUCCGCUUCUUUUACGACCAAGACGACAGAUGUAUCUACAAGAAUCCGUAUCUGGUAAACUUCGAGUACUCGCGACCGGAGAUGGCCGACACUAUUUUCGCAUCAGACCCCGAUGUUGGGAGAAACCUCUACAGACACCCAGACCGUCAGGGCUUACCCACCGUCAAAUUCAACAAGGCACAUGAUCUCUACUCACUGGGUGUAGUUCUACUUGAAAUUGGUGUGUGGCAGACUGCGGCGUCCAUGCGAGAGGACUACCUGGAUGAGUACAACCUCAAGGCCUCCGGAAAGGUUACAUCGGAAAUUAAAAAUGUGUUUUUGAAGAAUGCGGAGGACAGAUUGGCACAUACCAUGGGAUCCGCAUAUAAGCAGGCUGUGAUUGCCUGCAUAUCUGGGGAAUUUGAGCCGUUCUCAGAUCGAAACGACUUUGCGCUGCAAUUUCAGGAGAAGGUCAUCAAGAAUAUUGAGGCUGAACGGGUACGGGAAAUAGACAUAUUGUAG